CCGUAGUAGUUACGAAGCAAACGAGAAUGAAACGUACGUUGGUGUCGCAAGUGCCUUUUUUCUAAAUAGCUCCCGUUCUCUUAAAAGUGCUGGAUCCAUAUUUUCUUAAUAAUUUACAAAUCUUUAUCCAAAAGUUCACAAAAUGUGGCGUCACAAAUUAUUUUUAAAUAUAAUUUAUUUAUUUAUAAUACUUCAAUGUGUAAACACAGCGGAGGACCAUCCAGCGUGGAACUGGAAGUGCGAGGAUGGCAAGUGCAGUAAAACAAAACACGACCCGCAAGGCUCAGAGCCGGCACUCUCGCUUGAAGCCUGUAAAUUGUUCUGUAAUGAAUACGGUCUUUUGUGGCCGAGGCCUACGGGUAAUACAGACUUGGGGCGAUUCUUGUCCAAAAUAAAUAUCAACAACAUAGAAAUACAAAUUGAGAAGCGCGGAAGGUCAGACGACCUGAUGAAUGCAGCCGGUCAGAGAUUCAAACAAUUAGUCAGCAAAGCGGUACCAAAAGGUGUUACUCCUAAAACAACAGGCAAAUCCGUCUAUGUAUAUCUUGUCAAUAGCAAUCCUGACGUCACAGAUUUCUCGUUGGACUUUGACGAGAGUUACGCUCUGAGAGUCUCGCCGGAGUCUACUGAGCGUAUUAAUGCUACAAUCUUUGGAAACAAUUUCUUCGGUAUCCGCCAUGGUAUGGAGACCCUAUCCCAGCUGAUAGUCUUCGAUGAUAUCAGGAACCAUCUAUUGAUCGCGAGAGAUGUUACUAUCGACGAUAAGCCGGUAUACCCGUACAGAGGAAUUCUAUUAGAUACCGCUAGAAAUUACUACUCAGUGGAAUCUAUUAAAGCUACUAUUGAGGCGAUGGCCGCCGUGAAGUUGAACACCUUCCACUGGCACAUCACGGACAGCCAAAGCUUCCCGUUCGUGUCGGGCAGACGCCCCGAGCUGACGAAGUACGGCGCCUACAGUCCCUCGAAGGUGUACCCCGCGGCGGCGCUGCGCGCGGUGGUGCGCUUCGGGCGCGAGCGCGGCGUGCGCGUGCUGCCCGAGUUCGACGCGCCCGCGCACGUGGGCGAGGGCUGGCAGGACUCCGGCCUCACCGUCUGCUUCAAGGCAGAACCAUGGGCGUCAUAUUGUGUAGAACCUCCGUGUGGACAACUGAACCCCACCAAGGAAGAACUGUACAACUACUUAGAGGAUAUUUACAAAGAUAUGGCUGAGGUGUUCGAGACGGACUUGUUCCACAUGGGCGGGGACGAAGUGAGCGAGCGCUGCUGGAACUCUUCGCAGCAGAUUCAGCAGUUCAUGUUGGAGAAUAGAUGGGGCCUGGACCGAGCGUCUUAUCUGAAGCUCUGGAAUUAUUUCCAGACCAAAGCCCAAGACCGAGCUUACAAAGCAUUUGGAAAACGUCUGCCUCUGAUCCUGUGGACCAGCACGUUGACGGAGUUCAGUCACGUUGAAAACUUCCUCAACAAGGACGACUACAUUAUUCAAGUCUGGACGACCGGAGUGGACCCUCAAAUAAAGGGUCUCCUCGAGAAAGGCUAUCGUCUCAUCAUGUCCAACUACGACGCGCUGUACUUUGACUGCGGCUACGGAGCCUGGGUCGGCAGCGGUAACAAUUGGUGUUCGCCUUACAUCGGCUGGCAGAAAGUUUACGAGAACAGUCCGAUGCAAAUGGCACAGGAAUACUCAAACCAAGUUUUAGGCGGCGAGGCGGCGCUGUGGUCGGAGCAGGCCGACUCCGCCACGCUCGACGCGCGACUGUGGCCGCGCGCCGCCGCGCUCGCCGAGCGUCUGUGGGCCGAGCCCGACACCACCUGGCACCACGCCGAGGCGCGCAUGCUGCACCUCAGGGAACGUCUCGUCCGGUUGGGCAUUCAGCCCGAGUCGAUCGAGCCCGAGUGGUGCUACCAGAACGAGGGCUACUGCUACGCGUAGCCGUGACCGUCGUGAGGCACGACGGAACCCCGUGACUUAUGAGUUUCAUCAUGACACAAAUUGUAAUCUAUAUCUUGAGAUUUUGAAACUAAUCAAUGAAAUUAAACUCAUUUUUCUACUUAA